AUGACACGAGUGUCUAUUGUACUCAAAAUCAUUGAAUUGGUUUGUGAUAUAGUUGCGGUAAUUUUAUGUGGUGCUGGGCCAAGUCUUAACGAGGGUAACGGACGUCGAGGUUUUUUUUUGUUUGUUACCAUACUCGCACUCAUUAUAACAAUAGUAAUAUUUCUUAUAUGUAUAUCAAAUCUAAAAGCCUUGUGUCAGAAACGACAUUGGUAUAUAAUUGAAAUUGCUUGGUGUACAUUUAUUGCUUUGUUUUAUUUCAUUUCAAGUAUUGUUAUUGCAACUGCUGCAAAAGACAGUGGUGUUUAUGGCGCUGCAGCGUUCUUUGGCUUUGCAGCUUUUUGUACUUAUGUAGCUGAUGCAAUUUACCAAUUUCUUGAACUUCGCAGCACUCCACGCGCAGAACAAUACGCAACAAAUACAUCACCAGGAAAUGCUUAA